AAACAAAAAAACACAAACCACAAAACAUGUUCAUUAAUCCAACAGCCACAAUUUCGCCACGUAGUAGCAUUUCUAAAUCUUAACAAAAACAACCAAACCAGAAUUCCACUACACUAAUUACCUAAGACAGUAUCACUGUGAAACAAUUCACGAAAGUUGAAAACAAAACACUGAAACAAAAACGAUACAUAAAGAAUCAAAAGCAUAUACUGCUUUUUUUCAAUUCAAAGGGUUUUCAUUUUCAAGUUGCGUUUGUUUGGUCUCUUCUUCACGCACCACACCACUACUCUUCUUCUUAAUCGAUUCUGUGUUUGAUUAACAAACAAAACCAAACAUGCCUUCCAGUCACUUGCUUCUCGAGGAACCAAUUAGGAUGGCUUCCAUCCUAGAACCAUCAAAAGCCAGCUUUUUUUCUGCAAUGACAAAGAUUGUUGGAACAUUGGGUCCUAAAUCUCGAUCUGUUGAGACUAUUUCUGGAUGUCUUAAAGCUGGCAUGUCUGUGGCUCGUUUUGAUUUUUCAUGGUGUGAUCCUGAGUAUCAUCAGGAAACUUUGGAGAAUUUGAAGACUGCUAUUAAGGGUACUAAGAAGCUAUGUGCUGUUAUGCUGGAUACAGUGGGUGCAGAGAUGCAGGUUGUUAACAAAAGUGAGACAACUAUCUCACUUGAGAUAGAUGCUCAGGUUGUUCUAACCCCCAACCAGGGACAAGAAGCUUCUUCAGAGAUAUUGCCAAUCAACUUUGAUGGACUGGCCCAGGCAGUGAAGACGGGAGACACUAUUUUUAUUGGUCAAUACUUGUUCACAGGAAGUGAAACUACUUCUGUAUGGCUUGAGGUAUCUGAAGUCAAAGGGAACGAUGUUGUGUGUAUUAUAAAGAAUUCAGCUACAUUGACCGGGUCAUUGUUCACUUUGCAUGCCUCUCAAAUUCACAUUGAUCUACCUACCCUUACGGAGAAAGACAAGGAGGUUAUAAGCACCUGGGGAGUUAAAAACAAAAUUGAUUUUCUGUCAUUGUCAUAUACUAGGCAUGCUAAAGAUGUCCGCGAGGCUCGGGACUUCCUUUCAAAGUUAGGCGAUCUUAGCCAGACACAAAUUUUUGCGAAGAUUGAAAAUGUUGAGGGAUUGACCCAUUUUGAUGAGAUUCUGCAAGAAGCUGAUGGUAUUAUUCUUUCUCGUGGAAAUUUGGGCAUUGAUCUUCCACCAGAGAAGGUUUUUCUAUUUCAAAAAUCUGCCCUACACAAGUGUAAUAUGGCUGGGAAACCUGCUGUGCUUACACGUGUUGUGGACAGUAUGACUGAUAACUUAAGACCAACUCGUGCUGAAGCCACUGAUGUUGCCAAUGCUGUUCUAGAUGGAAGUGAUGCAAUUCUUCUGGGUGCCGAGACUUUACGUGGAUUGUACCCUGUUGAGACUAUUUCUACUGUUGGUAGGAUUUGUUCAGAGGCUGAGAAAGUUUUCAAUCAAGACCUUUAUUUUAAGAGGACAGUCAAAUAUGUUGGAGAACCCAUGACCCACUUGGAAUCUAUUGCAUCCUCUGCGGUACGGGCUGCUAUUAAGGUGAAGGCUUCCAUUAUAAUUUGCUUCACUUCAUCUGGAAGGGCUGCAAGAUUGAUUGCAAAGUAUAGGCCGACAAUGCCUGUUCUCUCUGUGGUGAUCCCCCGACUUAAGACAAAUCAGCUAAAGUGGAGCUUCAGUGGAGCUUUUGAGGCAAGGCAAUCACUUAUUGUAAGAGGUCUCUUUCCCAUGCUUGCUGAUCCUCGUCAUCCUGCUGAGUCUGAGACAACAACUGCAUCAAAUGAAUCUAUUCUUAAGGUUGCCCUUGAUCAUGGAAAAGCAUUGGGAGUUAUAAAGUCACACGACCGUGUUGUUGUUUGUCAGAAACUCGGCGAUGCAUCAGUGGUUAAGAUUAUUGAGCUUGAAGAUUAAAGUGCAUUAAUCCAACAGUUCUAGUUCUAGUAUUUUUUUUUGGGUUAGAUUAUUUCCCAAGUUUUUGAAAGUUGCAGAUAAUUCUGCGACGAGUCAAGGUUAUCUUGAUUUUGAUCACUAAAUCAUGUUCCAUGUAUUGGAAAUAAUGAAGUAUUACUGGUUGUCACUCAUAAAAUCAAGGGAUUGCACCCUUGAUACCAAUUUUUUCCAAUAUUUUCGGUUUAAUAUUCAUAUAUAAGAACACAACUUGAAAAUAUGUUUGUUGGAUACUGUUGACAAACUAAUGAUUGCUAAUAGCUUGUAUUUUCAGUUCCCAACUAUGCA